CCCACAAUCUACCACCAAGUUUGUAAACGUAAUUCAAGCAUUUUAUCAAGUUAUCGUUCAGACCUCGAACCGAACGGUUGUGCGCUUCGUUUAGAGCAAUUCAUAUCAUUUUUCCAGCUAAUUAAGUUCAUAGUCCAUACUAUAUGUUUUGAAUUUAAUUACUCAUUAUAACAAAAUCGAUUUACAUAAUUAAAAUUUAACUAAAUUAUCAUAUUACACAUUAAUUAUAUCCAAUAAAUCAUGCCUAUGUGUAGCAGCUGUACUACAAAUAUAAUAAAAGCACCUUCUGUAAAUUGUAAUGAUUGUAAACAGUUUUGGCAUGCUAAAUGUCAAAAACUCAACAAGGAAGAUGCAGAUUAUAUAAAAGAAAGUGGUACCAUUUGGAGAUGUGACAAAUGUACUGCUGAACGAAGAGCAUCACUUCAAAUGGAAAAUAAGAUAACAGAAGAAAAUACAAAUUUAUCAGAGAUAAAAAGCAUUAUCUUAGAAUUUAAAGAUAGUUUCCAGAAUUUCAAAGAUGAGUCCUAUAGUAAUUUCAAUACUUUAAAUAAUAAAAUAAAUAUGAUCGAUCAAAUUUUGACUGAAAAUAAUCUCUUAAAAUCACAAAUAAACCAACUCGAAAACAAAAUUGAAAUAAUGGAACGCCGCUUAAUAGCCAACGAUGUUGUCAUCGAUGGAAUACCGGAAAAUAAGUUGGAAAACUGCGCUGAGUUAGUACAACAAAUUGGUAAAGAAUUAAAAAUAAACAUAGAUAAAACUUUGAUAAAUGACUGUCACAGAAUUGGACCUAUAAGAAAUGGUGAACACCCGAGAAGAAUUUUGGUAACUUUUAUGAGUCAACAAGAAAAAGUUCAAAUUCUAAAGGCUCGCCAAAUUAAUAGAAACUUUUCUACGAAAUAUAUUAAUAUCCAACCUGACAAACCAAUCUAUAUAAGAGAAAAUCUAACUUCCAAAGGUAAUAAAAUGUUUAAAGAAGCCAGAGAUCUACGUAAGCAGCUCAAUUAUCAGUUUGUAUGGACAAAAAACGGCAUCGUCUUCUUAAGAAAAAAUGAAACAGAUAAAAUCAUACGUAUUGAUAACGAGGAUGUUAUACAAAGUCUCAAAUCUUAGAACAAACA